UCCGCAACGGUUUACUUUGCGCUGGCCGCCGAGCGGAGAGUCACGAAAGGUUUCCGGAAAGACCCGAUCGUCGGCGGGAGGGUCAGCUGUUACCGAUCGCUGACGCGUUACCCGUAUGUAGUAUGGGCCUCGUCCUCCUCAGUGUUGGUUUGUGUGUGUGAGAUGGAUCCCGGGAGUUGGUAGUCUCUUUCCUGGUUAAAAUAGAGGAAGGGUUCGUUUUUCUGUAUAUUUGUGUCCCCUUCAGAAAGAAAUAUCUAGUUUAGCUUUUGAUCCACUCCACACACAACAGCAUUGAUGGUAAUGUAUGCAAGGAAACAACCGAGACUCAAUGAUGGGUGUCACGACAGGAGGGAAUCCCAGCCCUAUCAGACUCUCAAAUACCCAUCAAAGAGUCACACAAGCAGCAGUGAUCAUCGUCAUGACAAAACUAGAGAAUCGGGAGAUCCAUCACCACCCUGUAAGAUGCUACGCCGUUCUAACAGCCCUGAAACUAAACAUAGUGAUAAUACAGGACAUAAGAGUAAAACUGUGCACUCACAUCGAGCCAGAGAGCGAGACGGAGGGACCAGCUAUUCUCCACAGGAGAAUUCACAUAAUAACAGUACUCAUCAUAGCUCAAAUUCACAUUCUUCUAAUCCUAGUAACAAUCCAAGUAAAGCUUCAGAUGCACCUUAUGAACCAGCUGAUGACUGGUCAGAGCACAUCAGCUCUUCAGGCAAAAAAUACUACUACAACUGCAGGACAGAAGUAUCUCAGUGGGAGAAACCCAAAGAAUGGAUUGAAAGAGAGCAACGGCAAAAAGAAGCAAGUAAAGUUGGGGUUGUUAACAGCUUCCCAAGAGAUCGCGAUUACAGAAGGGAAACCUUGCAACAAGCAACUACUGGCAGUGGAUUUACAAGUGGAAUGGAAGACAAGCAUUCCAGCGGUGCCGGUAGUAUGCUCUCCCAGAAUAUUUUGUCCCAGACAAACAGACACAAUGACAGAGACUACAGACUGCCCAGAACAGAGACUCCUGGUGGAGCUGCCUCAGUGCAGCACCCCGUCAAACCAGUGGUUCUCCCAACCACCAACCCAAGCACUGUUCCUUCUAGUCCUUUUAGUCUACAACCUGAGCAUCAGCCAAAGAAAUCCUUUGAUGCUAAUGGAGCAGCUACUGUACCGAAAGUGCCUACACCCACACCUUCUAUCCCCAAUCAGAAGACAGAGAAGAAAGUGGGACAAAUGCAAAGAAUGCUGGAGCCUUGGGGAAUAAUAAGGGCAAGAGGAACUUCAGCAUGUAAUCUGAUAAUCUCUGAAGGUGACAGCAGAGAAACAACCUCAGUGGAGAAGCCAACGUCUCAUUCAUGUGCUACUCCUUCAUCUUCAUCCUCCGGAAUGACUCCAGCUUCUCAGACACCAUCGGCCACUACAUCUACUGUUCCUGUUUCGCCUGUUCCUCAGUCACCUCUUCCUCCUUUGCUUCAGGAUCCAAAUCUUUUGCGGCAACUACUUCCUGCUUUACAGGCCACCUUGCAGCUUAACAAUGCUAAUGUGGAUAUGUCAAAAAUAAAUGAAGUCCUUACAGCUGCUGUCACACAAGCUUCUUUGCAAUCUAUGCUUCAUAAGCUCCUCACAACUGGACCAUCAGCUUUAAGCAUAACAACUCUCCUUUCCCAAGCUGCACAGUUGUCUUCUCAGGCCCCUCAAUGUAAUCAGUCUCCGAUGUCAUUGGCAUCAGAUGCAUCAUCCCCAAGGUCAUAUGUGUCUCCUAGGAUUAGUACACCACAGACUAACCCAGUUCCUCUUAAACCGCUGAUGAGUACGCCUCCUGUGACGUCUCAGCCAAAGUCUAGUGCUUCAGUUGUGAAACAAGGACCAGCACAGCAGCAAGUAUCUCAACAGACUCCUACUGCUGACAAACAUGGGCAUGAGCCUGGUUCCCCUCGUAAUGUUCAACGUUCAAGCAACCAGAGAAGUCCAUCACCGAGUUCAAAUCACAUCUCAAGCAGCAGUGCGACUUCAGUAUCAUCAACUACAACCGCACGUUCUUCAUGUUCAUUGACGCCGACGCUAGUUGCACAUUUCAGUGAAAAUCUUAUUAAACACGUUCAGGGUUGGCCUGCCGAUCAUGCGGAAAAGCAAGCAUCGAGGCUGAGAGAAGAAGCACACAACAUGGGAAGUAUUCACAUAUCUGAAAUUAGUACUGAGCUCAAAAAUUUAAGGUCUUUGGUCCGAGUAUGUGAAAUUCAAGCAACUUUGCGUGAGCAAAGGAUACUGUUUUUGAGACAACAGAUUAAAGAGCUUGAAAAACUGAAGAAUCAAAAUUCCUUUAUGGUGUGAGGACUUGUGAAGAAAUUGCACAUGGUUUAAAGCCAGGGACUGUAAACGUUUGCCCAAUCUUAAACUAAAAUUUUGAGCUGCGUUUGAGAAGGCUUUGGACCGUGGGGCUGGGCAAAAGGGUGGAAUGGGAGGGGGACAAGGAGGGUUCUAAUUCAGGGGAGAUAAAGUGGUUAAUUUGUAAACCCUUGAAAUGUAGAUUUCUUGUAGAUGUAUCCUUCACGUUGUAAAUAUGUUUUGUAGAGUGAAGCCAUGGGAAGCCAUGUGUAUCAGAGCUUUGACAUCUGAACUAAUCAAUGCUGAGGUGGCUAAAUACCUAGCCUUUUACAUGUUAACUUGUCUGCAAACUAGCUUUGGUAAUUUUCAUCAUUCAGUGAAAUGCAUUUCUUAGAAUGCUGGCACCAGCCAGUGUGCAUCACGGGCUGCAACAACUGGAACAGUUUGGUCAGUAUACAAAUUAGCAUGGAGCACCUUCAGAUUCCACAGACCCAGUCAGGCAGAGCUCCGCAGGCAGCUUUCUUCAUUGCAAGGCAAUUAUUUUUUUUCUUAAGGCAUUGUGGCCAACGCACUUGGGUUCACCAACUUUUCAUUCCUCCUUACAGCAGUUCAUAAGUUGUGUGCUGUUGUAUGAAUAAAAUAAAGAUUGUUGCAGUAGGUACAUUACAGAUUGAUUUCUUGUAUGCCUACCUAAUUGCUGUGUAUUUGCAUUUGUGUCCUGUUUUAAAACAAAAAAAAAUGGGAGCAGAGAAAGAUUGAUACAGGGCAUAUGUGUAUUUAUUAAGCGGCUGAAGCCACUAAAAAAUAGUAACAAAAAUUCAAUGUUAUUUGCUAACCUUGUUGACGUUGGGAAAAAGCUGGUUAUUCAUGAGAAAAUGUAUGUAAAUAUAAUAAACUUUUGUUGUUUAAAGCACUGGGUACCCUUCUUUUUAUUCAGCUACUGCAUAUAGGAAGCUGAACUGCUCUGGCAAACCUGAUUGGGAGUAAUCCUUGUUGGAUGCUUGUUUUUCUUUGUAUAGAACUCUAGCUUUCAAGAAGAGACAAGUUUGUGAAAAAUUGAAUGACAGAACGUUUUUUUUCCCCUUUCUGUAAGUGAUUCUGUGACUAAAACAAGAACUUCAACAAGGAUUUUGGAUUCCUUGCCUGUAAUUGGCUUGUGUAAAGUCUUGGUUUACCUGUAUUACUAUAAUGACACAUUUAAUUUGAAGGAUGUUUGUAUUGUAGCUAACUGUGCAAGUAAGGUGCUGACUGCUGUUCUUUUGCCAUCACAAUACGCUAGAUCUGUGUAAUUCGAGCACAUGGCCAUCAUUGGGAAAAUGGUGGUAAAGCUCAGCUUUGUAUAUUGUUUCCUAAAGUAUAUAAAAAAUAAAACUAUGCUACCACUGGA